AUGGCCAAUAUCGACCCCUUCGAAGAUGUUCUUAACUUGGAAGAAGAAUUCUACACCACCGGCUACACCCAAGGUAUCUCCGAGGGUAUAACAGCCGGCCGCAUCGAAGGACGCACUUUCGGACUUGAAAAAGGGUUUGAAAAAUACCUUGAGAUGGGUCGUUUACAUGGAAAAUCCAUCGUAUGGGCUAAUCGAAUUCCUUCUUUGCAAAAACCCACUAUCCCCAGCGCUUCAAACUCAGCCGUAAAGCUAGAGAGCGAAGGACAAGAAGGAGAAGCAUCACAUGAUGUUAAAUUACCCGAACUCCCCAAAAACGAAAGAUUGGCAAAACAUGUAAGAGUCUUUCAUGCUUUAGCGGAGGCGGAAAGUCUCUCAACGGAGAAUUCGGAAGACGCGGUGGCGGAUUUCGAUGAUAGGUUUAAGAGGGCGGUGGCGAAAGCGAAGAUUAUUGAGAAGAUGGUUGGGGAGGGGCAAGGACAGGGAGGGGGGAAGAGUAGUGGGGAUGGGGCGAUUGAGGACGUUAGUAUUAUGACGGCUAGAUGA